CUCUUUUCUCUUGACUUCCAUCUUUGACCCAUGACCAUACAGCUUGGUGAACUGUGGAUCUGAAAGUCUUGGUCGUACAAACUUCGUCAGUUCUGCCUAAAUCCCCCCUUUUCGCUCAGACAUCAUGACGGAAGCUGCUGCUGGAGCUGCCGCAUCGGAAGAGGAAGUCGAUGUGCCGUACACCGAGGUCGAUGCUCUGCAGGAUCAUGGUAUUUCCGUUGCGGACAUCACCAAGCUUAAGACCGCGGGUGUCUCCACUGUGGAGGCAGUCAAUUCCACUACUAGGAACAACCUUGCCAAGAUCAAGGGAUUCUCCGAAGUCAAGGUUGAGAAGAUCAAGGAAGCCGCAUCCAAGAUCGUGGUUGCUGGCUUCUUGACAGGUACCGAGAUCAGUCGUGUCAGAGAAAAAGUUCUGCCCAUCUCCACAGGCUCUAAAUCCCUUGACGCGAUUCUUGGUGGCGGCUUCAUGACAUGUUCCAUGAGCGAAAUUUUUGGAGAAUUUCGCUGCGGGAAGACUCAGAUAUGCCAUACCAUGGCCGUCACUUGUCAAGUACGGCUGUGAUGCGUGAAUGUGAAAGACUACCGCUACUGACCUCUUCCUUGCCGAGCAGCUUCCGGUUGAAUCAGGCGGCGCUGCAGGCAAGGUUGCGUAUAUUGACACAGGUGAACGGUCAUCUCGGGUUGAGCUGACGGCAAAGCCACCUGCUGAACAGCCUCCUCUGGUCUCAUUCACAGAGGGGACAUUCAGACCGCAGCGCAUCGCUGCAAUCGCCAGGCGCUUUGGUGUGGACGAAGACUCUGUGCUGGACAAUAUUGUUGUUGGUCGAGCGCUCAACAGCGAGCACCAGCAAGAGCU